AUGAACCCGUUUGACGAACUCUCGGUCGAGGAGUCGGUGCGCAUCCGCGAGAAGAAGCGCGCCCCGGGCGGCGUCGAAGACAUCUGCGCCAUCUCCGCCGGGCCGACCAAGGCGCAGGACAUCCUGCGCACGGCCAUGGCCAUGGGCGCGGACCGGGGCAUCCACGUCGAGGUCAAGGAGGGCGACGACCUGGAGCCGCUGACGGUGGCCAAGAUGCUCAAGGCCGCGGCGGAGCAGCAGAAGAGCAACCUCGUCAUCCUGGGCAAGCAGAGCAUCGACGACGACUCGGCGCAGACUGGCCAGAUGCUGGCGGGCCUCCUGGGCUGGUCGCAGGCGACACAGGCGAGCAAGGUCGAGUUCGGCGAGGGCGACAGCGUGACCGUGACCAAGGAGGUAGACGGCGGCGUCGAGACGGUGCGAGCCAAGCUGCCGCUCGUGGUGACGACGGAUCUGCGCCUCAACGAGCCGCGCUACGCCAGCCUGCCCAACAUCAUGAAGGCCAAGAAGAAGAAGCUGGACAAGUUGACGCUCAAGGACUUUGGGCUCGAGAACGAGAAGCGCCUCAAGGUGCUCAAGGUGACGGGUAUGAGCCGCCGGCGAGACAGGGCGGUGGCAAGGUCGAGGACGUGGACGGCCUGGUCAGCAAGCUCAAGGAGCUGGGCGCUCUGUAGACGCACCCGCGCAGACGAGGUGGAGCCCCAUAGAUGUACGCUCACGGCACAUGACAGCACAAUACAACGCAGUAAAUACCACAUGCUCGCCGGUCCGAUGAUGGAGAGCCAAGGAUGUCCGAUGGCUCAGUGUGACAUUCACCCACCUCGCCAUGAGCUGCACCCACGGGGUUGCCAUCAGAGGUUCACUCCGGAGCUUGACCCCGGCUCUACGAAGUACACACCACACGUGAGGCUGUACGACUCUGCUUGUGGGGGCAGUCGGGACGAUCUGGCAUGUCCCAUCGUCUCUGGCGGCUACAGCAAGUUCCCGAGGCAGCACAGCGUAGGACAGGGCUGUAGACAGCCGCCGGACAUGAAGUCAGCGGCUUAG